AAGAGUUUCAAGCGUUGCAGAUUUAAUCUUACGGAGGUUUCGGUGUCGUUUUGUGGUUCAUUAUUAGUUCUAGAGAUAAACAAUACAUUUAAGACCCGGUGACAUGGACGCCAACAGUCCGAAACACUGUUCUCUCGAGAUGAAAUCAAAAUUUGCAGAUAUCUCUCCGCCGGCAACAAAGCAGAAUUCAACACCAGAAAGAAAAAAUGUGCGCGAGAGUCUUAAGGAAAUUUUCAAUGAAUAUUGUUCGAAUACCUCGCUGCAUGGCGUCAAAUAUUUCGGGCAAGAACGACCAUGGAAGGAGAUAUGUUUUUGGUUGGGCAUUUUCACUUUAUCCUUUUAUUUUAGUUCACAAACCAUUCGAAAAGUCUAUCAGAAAUGGAAUGAUACUCCAGUUAUUGUUACCUUUUCGGAACGUUCAACGCCCGUAUCGGAUAUACCAUUUCCAGCUAUAACUAUUUGUCCGGAAAUAAGAGGGAGGGUACCUAAAGACGGCCCUAACUUCAGUAUGUUGUUAAAAAAUUUGACAUUCGAUUCGGAAAUUCCGAAAAAUCUAACUAAUCGCCAACUUGGGGAAUUUGUUACACUGCUGCACACAUGUAGUUCGGAUGUGUAUGGUUCUGAAAUUCCCAAAUUAUCAAAUGAAUCCUAUGAUUAUAUUCAAAUCAUAAAUGACAUGGCCCUAGAUCUGGAAAAACAAGCCGUGUCCUGCAAAUGGUUUGGCAUUGAGAAAGGCUGCACGGAUCUAUUUACGAAAACCUAUACCGAUUUUGGUUUAUGUUAUACAUUUAAUGGUCUUAAAAACAGUGAUUUAUAUCGUGAAGAUACCAUACAAUAUGGUCUCAUGGAUCUUGAGAGCGCCGUCGAUGAGUCCCCUACGAAGCGUUUAAAUCGCACAUUAAAUUGGUCACUGGAAGAAGGUUACAACAAAAAUGCCCCCAUCAAAACAUAUCCCGCCCGGGUUUUAAGUGCCAGUACAACGGCUUCAUUGAAAGUCACAUUGAGGGUACUUACCGAUAAUAUAGACUACUGUUGUAGUGCCGGCACCGAGGGAUACAAAAUCGUCCUUCACACCCCAUCCGUUGUUCCAUUACCGUCCAAACGUUUUGUACGAAUUUCAGCCCGCAAAGAAGUCUCGAUUACCGUAAAACCCGUCUUGCUGACGACAUCGAAUGGAGUCGCUGUAUAUUCGCCAGAUAAGCGAAAAUGUUUCAUGAACCACGAACGCUAUCUGAGAUUCUUCAAAAACUACAACGAACGUAACUGUGAAAUGGAAUGUCUUACGAAUUUUACCCUCAAAGAAUGUGGUUGUGUGAAAUUCUCCAUGCCACGUACCAGCGAUAUGCCCGUUUGUGCAGAGGAUAAAAUUGCCUGUUGCAACGAGGCGGAAGACAAAAUGCUAAUGGAAUAUUCCGAUGAUCGAGAUAAAGAUCCCUGCAGAUGUAUGCCAUCUUGCACCUCCCUGCACUAUGAUAUGGAAAUAUCCCAAUCGGAUUUCAAUGAACAAUACAUUUUCUCAGCAUUUGGAUGGAAGGAUGCCGAAACAGCGAAAUGGUCCCGUCUCCUGGUCCAUUUUAAGGAUAAUGAAUUUAUUGCCCGCAAACGUUCGGAACUGUAUGGUUAUGCGGAUUUCCUGGCAAAUUGUGGUGGUAUUUUGGGUCUUUUUAUGGGUUUCUCGAUACUGAGCCUAAUUGAAUUUUUCUAUCACAUGACUUUGCGUCUGUUGUCGAAUAUGCGAAGAAAAAGCAAAUAUGUUAUGGAGAAUAAAUCGAAAGCAAUGAAGAACUAACGUUUGAAUCGUGGUGUUAUGUUUUAAAUUUAAUUAUUUUACAAU